AUGGCCUCAUCAGAAGACCCCAGGGACUGGGGAGCCAGCCCCAAAAUCGUAGUCCUCGAGCCAGAUCUGGACACCAGUUCAGGUGGGAAGCUGGCCCACCAUCAAAAGGCCAUCCCCACAGCCCACUGAACUUUCAUUAUCAACUGUGCUACUGGGAAACAGCUUUCCUUGGCAGCACCCCUGGCGCCGCGCCAAGCUCUCAGACCCCGCCUAGGACCUGUCACCCCUCCAGUGAAGACCUAUAUCUUGUUCUGUGAGGACAGCCAGCCUGACCUGACCCAGAGGCCACCCUGGAUGGGGAACACUGCCCAGGCCAAGGGCACCCUGCUACCCUGCAGAGAGACUGUGACCCCAGCUUCCUCCCCAGUCAGCCCACUGUGCCCCCAGGAGGUUCCUGAAUCCAACGGGACCUCCUUGAAGUUGGUGCCUGCAAGGUCUUUGGCUUGGGCAACACUCAUGGACUCACUCAAGGCUUUCGCCUCCUGUGUCUGUGGGCAGAGAGAUUAA